CUCCACACACCGCUGAGAGGAAACUAACGCUCUGACGGCAACAACAACACUACACUACACAGGUCCUGGAGAGACGGUAGAUUGCAGCCAAUCACCUUCUGAGCAGGGCGGAUGAUACGCUGCAGUCUGCCCUUGUCCUUAGCAGUGCUCAGUCCUCUACAGACUAAAAAGGAUGGACGAUGUCCCUCUGAAGGUGCCACAGAGUGUUUCACAGGAAGUCAAAGAAGACGUGGAAGUUAUUGUCCCUGAUUAUCUGAGCACACUGCAGGAUACAGAGUACGACUUCCAUCUGGAGAACUGGGUACUAACUGGGCUGCAGAGCGGCUUCAUCAGCCAGCAUCGGCCGCAGCUCUCCUCAUCAGGACUGCAGCCAUCUUGUCCGCCAUACUGGAUGAUGUUCAGCAGCCCGCAGCAGAGCCGCCUGGCCAGCCGCCACUGUUCCGACUACUGGGAGCCCAAUCCUCGCCAGCGCUCCCACAGCCUCAACCCCGCCGUACUGCGCACUAAGCUGGCCAUCUCAGACUCGGAAGAUGAGGGAGAAAGCGCUGCAGAGAAAGCCACGAUCCUUUUUUCGGUGAAAGGCGGUUCUGGUGGGGAGCGUCCUGCUGCUUUAUGUCAACAUGCUCAGAGGAGAGCACAGAGAGCCUUCGUCCCAGACCUCCUGCACCCCCCGGCCUGCCUCAGCAGCCUGCCACACCAGCGCAGGAAGAACCUACGACAGGGCUCCCUGUCAGGGCUGGACACGUCCCGACAACUUGAUCCCAACACAGACAGCCAAUCCAAGAGCCCGACCUCACGCAGGACCCCCACUACCAGAGCCAAUACCGUCGAUGGGCUGCCCAGCACCUACAGCCACGCCACAGCACACACGCCUCUUGGCCCAGACUGCUGUAGUACCCCCCCUGCAGGCCUCCGCCCCCUGGGUCUCCGCUCCCGUGGUUCCGACUCGUCAGCAGAGCUGCUGUCAGCUCUGAGCCCCGAGGAGAGAGAGCUGCUGGGGGCCAUUACUGCCCGGGGUUACCCCCUCCGUACUGCCAUCAUCGCCCUGCAGAGGGCAGGCCAGAGCCAGGAUCAGGUCUUGAGCUACCUGGUGGCAUGUGACCAUCUCUGUCAGCUGGGUUAUGACAUGGCUCUGGUAGAAGAGGCUCUGGAGAUGUUUCAAAACUGUGAAACAAAGGCAAAGGAGUUCCUUCAUCUGCUGAGUCAGUUCAAUGAGAUGGGCUUCCAGCAGAACGCCAUCAAAGAAGUGCUGCUGGUGCAUGAAAACCACCGAGAGCGUGCGCUGGAGGAGCUGAUGAUGCGUGUGGCGUGAUCAGCACACACACACACACGCAUGCACACACACAGAGCUAAUCGUGUUAUUUACUAUAGGAGAAUAUGAACAGCCUGUUGAUAAGGCACAGAGAGAGAGUAAACACAUUAAUAUUAUUAGAGCUGGAGAUGGACGUGGCCUUCACUCAGGGAAAGUAUUUUGUUGAUAUAUUACAUUAUAUGGAUGAUGAUGAUGAUGAUGAUGAUGUGCAGUUUGGUUCCUGUUUGUUAACAAUGUCUGAAAGUGGCUGAACUUGUGUGAUCUGUGUAUCUGAGUAGUUGUA